UCCAACUUCCACUGACGAUUCCCUUGUCAGUUCCAACAAUUGAUAUUGAUCAUUGAUGGUUCGUUGGUAUUGAUUGCCAGACAUUGAACUCCUUAACAACCAUGCUACCCCAGAGGGUUGCCCAGCAGUCGGUGCGACGGCUUGUUGCACACAACCCUUCGCAAUUAAGAACCGCAGUUUCGAAGAUGGCUCGUCCCGUGGCCAUUGCGACUGGCAACCAUAUCCAGACCAGAUACACCGCCUCGGCUGCAAACCAAGACCCAACCUCACUCCUCCCCCAGCAGCGUCUCAACCGCCCUGUCUCCCCGCAUCUCAGCAUUUACCAACCCCAGAUAACCUGGAUCCUCUCCUCCACGAACCGCAUCACAGGUGUCGCUUUGUCCGGCGGCCUGUACAUCUUCGCCUCCGCAUAUCUCGUCGCCCCACUGCUGGGGUGGCAUCUAGAAUCCGCAUCGAUAGCAGCGGCAUUUGCCGGCUUGCCGCUGGCUGCUAAAUUUUGCCUCAAGUUCGCCGCUGCGUUACCGUUCACGUUCCACUCAUUCAAUGGGUGCAGACAUCUUGUUUGGGAUAUGGGGAAACAGUUCACUAAUAAGCAAGUUAUUGUUACCGGGUGGACGGUUGUUGGGUUGACUGUGAGCAGUGCGCUUGCGUUGGCUUUUCUGUAACAUGGCGUGAUGUAGUUAUAUGGGUAUAUAGGAUAGGUUGAUAUUAUGCAAUGGUGGCUUUUACCUUUCUUGUCUCCCAUUAGUUUCUCAUUUCUCAUUUCGUCCUUGCUUCUUCUCCUUGUUGUUUCACGUGGAGCUGAAGUCUGAAGAUAUUCACUUUAUGUGUCCAUGCUUAUCUUCUAUGCCAUUUCGGAUAUUGAAAAAAUUGUAUAGUGUUUUG